UGUUAUGGCUCCGGUUACUUCGGUUACUUUCAGGUUGACUGUUGUCACCAGCAGCUUCACCAUCCUCCCACAACAUUGUGUCUGCGCUACAAUGCGAUCGUGCGCGAUUAGAGCAUCUUCUCAAGAGUACUGAAUCAUGAAUUAUGGAUUUAAUGAUGAUGAAAAAGAAGAAAUUCAAGUUCAAGGUGGAUUUUGAGCUGGACGAGCUCUCCUCGGUCCCUUUUGUCAACGGUGUCCUCUUUUGUAAAGUCAGACUGCUGGACGGCGGAUUCUCCGAGGAGUCUUCUCGGGAGCCAGUGCAGGCCAAUUGUGUUCGAUGGAGGAAAAGGUUCUCUUUCCCCUGUAAAAUGAGUGCCAACGCGGGGACGGGUGUACUGGACCCUUGUGUGUGCCGUGUGUCUGUCAGAAAGGAGCUGAAAGGUGGAAAGGCUUAUGCAAAGCUUGGUUUUGCAGAUCUGAAUUUAGCAGAGUUUGCUGGCUCAGGGAAUACAACCCGCAGAUGUCUGCUAGAAGGCUACGAUACCAAAAAUACUCGCCAGGAUAACUCCAUUCUCAAGGUUAUCAUCAGUACACAGCUCAUGUCAGGAGAUCCCUGUUUUAAAACGCCUCCCUCCACAGCCACAGUGAUUGGGAUCCAGAGUGAUGGAGAGAGCCUGCUGGAGGAGAGGAAGGGAGGCGACUCACAGAAAGGCUGUUCUGCAGAGAAUCGAGAAGGGAAGUGUCCUGUUGCUUCUGAGGAGCUUGGGGGCUGUGGUCACUCCCGAACAUCCAGCUACGCCAGCCAACAGUCCAAACUCUCAGGCUAUAGCACAGGCCACUCCCGCUCCUCCAGCAUAUCAGAGUUCAGCCAUCGGAGAAACCAUUCAGUGGGCAGCACCUCAACGGGCAUCGGCAGCAUCCCAGAGCCCAGUGAGGACCGGGACAAAGAGUCCAGAACCUGCCCUGCUUUACCUGAGCACCCAGUCCCAACCGCCACCACUAGCAACACAGCAGGUACUCCAGUUCGGAGUGCCUCGUCCUGUGAACGACUCAACAGACACCCAGUGAAGCAGGACUCCAUGGAGUCUCAGUUAAAGAGAAUGGACGACACACGAGUGGAUGCUGAUGAUGUUGUGGAAAAGAUUCUCCAGAGUCAAGACUUUACACCCAGCCUGCUUGAUUCCAGUGCUGAAGAGGAGGGCUUGCGUCUGUUUGUUGGCCCUGGGGGGAGUACGGCCCUUGGAAGCCAUCACCUUCCCACCAGAGUUGGAGCUGGUGCAUACGAGCAGGUGGUGAUAAAGCGUUAGAGCUGCAGCCUCUCAGAGGUGGACUGACCCUGCUUACAUCAAAACAAAACAAAAACUGCAAUGCUGUGUGUUCAUUUCAAACUGCAUUCCUAUAACACACACGUAACCUGAUCAGCACAGUGUCUGUCCUGAUCACUAUGAACAACUGAUGUUACAACAGUGCCCUCCUGUGUUCAUAUCCCCUACAUUACACUGUGGCUCCCUGUUAGAAUAAGAAGCUGACAGUUAUCAUCUCAAUGUAAGCAUACAGAUAUGAAUUAAGAAAAACAAAACACUGAUCAGAUCACACAAAAAUGUUAACCUUUAACUAACAUGUAACUGAAACUGCCCACUCCUCAUAUUCUGGAUGUAGAUGAUGUUCAUCUUUUUGAGAUCAAUGUUGUCACUCAGCAUCCAAACCCACUCAACGUAAACUGACAGGAACUGGAAGAAAAGAACUUCCUCUUUAUCGAAGGACACCAGGAGAAGCUCUGAGUGCACAUUACCACGAUGAACUGAAAUCUAUAGCGAAGAGGAGUAUGUGAUGCAUUUUCAAUACAUUCCCUUUGUCUCUGUGUUUGACUGCCUUCAGACGUUCUAUUUAAUGCUCGCCUGUAAGCUGCAACAAAGCUGUAGUUGUUGACAGGCACACUGACAACUGCUAGUGUCUUGCAGGUGAGAAAAUUUUACUAUACGGACAAAGCAUCAGACUUGAGCUACUUGAUGUGAGAAUGUGUUAUCUGUCUGCUAUGCGGUUAGACCACUUUUGUUAAGGAUUAGUUGGAUCUUGGUUGAAGUUGAAGGAGGUAAGAGGUCAUGUCCCCCCAUGUUGGUACUUGAACAAAAAAAAUGGGACAGAUGACAGUUUGCUUACUUGAUAUCACAGAAGUCCUUGUUGGUAUUAGUCUGUCACACUGCUGUGGGUUGUUUUAGAAAAUCUGCUGAAAAGCUGACAACACACUCCCUAAAGAUUAUCCAAAUGCAGAGGAUAAAUAUUCCAUGUUAGUAUUAUGUAGGUCCUACGGCUAUGAUUUUUGGCAGCGAUAGCUGGGGUAAAAUAGUCCUCCUAAAAUAUAAAAAUUCUGUGCAAUAUGCAGUUUGCAAGCAUUUUUCCCUUAAAUUCACCGCCUCUUAGAGUCACUGCUGGCUGUCUUUGUUGAGCAGUAAAUACCAAACAGGGACUUCUAUGAUGAAUAUUACAGAAGGGCAUGUAUCCAUUGCCCAGCGUUUUAGCGUUCUGAAUACUUACGCUUUGCAACUCAACUACAUCUUUCUGAGCUGUCCUGUUGACCAGGAAGCUUGCAUCAGUUAAAAAUAAAAAAAUAAAGAUCCUGUGACAUUUACAGCAAUUUUGACAUGUAACUGAUGCAUACUGUAGUUUGUUUUGUGCUUUACGUUUGUACAUUGAAGGACUGUAUAAGUAAUCCACUGCCAUCAAGAAAAUACUCAACAGUACGUCUCUAAAAAGACCCACAGUGACAGUUCGGGAUGAUAUUGCCUAAUAUAAACUCAACUUAUUAGAAAGUCUCAUGACCAAUCUAACAAUCAAUACAUGAUUAGUUUUACAAACAGAACCAAUCCAAUUUGAGUUUUGAAAUCCUGACAGUGUUAUGCAUGUUGACUAUUUGCAUCUCUGGCCUAAGAGGAGGUUAAAUGCACAGUUCAUUUAAUCUAUUAGUAAAUUAGAAAAAGUACAGUACACCGUUUCCUGGAAACUGUCAGGCCUAUGCAUAUGGAGAAUAUUAGACAUAUAACUAGUCACUACAGAGUGUACAGUAUCUGUAGUAUUCUGCCUCCUGUCAUAAGCCAUAGUAGGGGUAAGUUACUUCCCCCUCUCGAUGUUCUGUUAACAUCUGCACAAGCAUCAUCAGCGUCUGGUGUUUUGACUAAACGUCUGUGUUAUCUGUUUUUAUGUUUCUAUGUUCUGCAUGAUUAAGAUGUCCUUUUGUUAGCUUGCAGAACUUGACAUGUCUUCGCGUUUUUCCUAAUUUGUCAUCGCCCCAUCUUUUAAUCUGAAUAUUUCCGCACUGAAGGAACAAUUUUGCUUGCCCAUUUAGCAUGUUGGAAAUCAUUUCGUUCUCAUGACUUCAUGUUGAAAGCAGGUACCUGCACAGUAUGACGUAACCGUAGCUCAAUGUUCUCAUUUUGUGUUUUCAUUUUAGGCAUGUUUUAAAUGUCCUGUAUUAAAUCACAUGUAAAGGAUAUUGUUCUUUAUUUUUCAUUGCUGAUUUUGUGCCAUAUUUUUGCUAAAUAUUUUAUUGUUAAGGACAAAAAAAGUGUUGUCACUACAUAGUUGAGGCAGUGUUACGUGUAUGAUUCAUAGCUACCAAAUAUCAACUGUUGGAUUUUUUUUUUUUUUUUAAAUAAAAAUCACUUGUUUUACCUGUGUGUCACAGGUAUGUUCAUCUUGGUACAUAACAUGUUGUUACAAACAUGGUUUCUUCUCUUCUGUGAAGCUGUUUGUCUAUAUAAACUGUAAAAUGUAUUCUCCUGUAAAGUGAUGUUCUGCGCUGUUCUGACACUGUCUUGUGUUUCCUGUUACAAACUUGUUCUUUUGACCAACAUUUCCUUCCUUAACAAGUGUAACGGAUGCUUCACAUAUGUACCUUGCACUGUUGAAUAAAAUGGCUAAAAACCUUGA